AUGAGUCGGAUUGAACAACAGCAAUUUGAAGAUAGACCAUUAAAUAUGAAAAAAAAUAGAAAUGAUAAAAACAUUUCAAAAAGUGAAAGUCGAUUCAAGUCUAAAUUUGAAUUUUUGAAGAAAUUGCCUCAUACAGUAUUAUCUAAUAGUGCAGUUGAAAAAGCACGAGCAUUUUUUCGCUCGUCAGAACUUAAACAUCAUGAUAGUAGUAAUAGUAAUGAGCAAUCAUCACCAUCAUCAUCAUCAAAUCAACAACAUACUACUGUUAAUACGCUUUGUUCUUCUUUCAAUUCGACUGAUAUUAAUGAAAAUACUGAAAACAAUAAUACAUCAUUAGAUCUAGUAACUCCUAAAAUUUAUUUUUCAACAUCAAACAUGAUUAAAGUUGAUAAAAUAAAUUCUAAAGAUAUGAUGAAUCAUCAAAUUAUUCAUAAUGAUCAAAAUGAUUAUAAAUUUUCAUCAAAGCAAUGUCAAAAUAAAUAUAAACAAUAUUCAAAACCAUCAUUAUUAAUACCUAAACAAUACUAUAAUGAUAUAUUAAAUAAACGAUAUCAAUAUUAUUUCACACCUGUGAACAAAUACGACUCAUGUCCACGGUCAUAUGCAUCAACAUUAACUCGACAUUCGACAUAUUCAACCCGCCUACAUUCACCAUAUAAUUAUUUGACUCCUUGUAAUGAAGCUUCAUCAAAUGAUCAAUUGCCUAUUUCGUUAUAUAAUUAUCGAUCAUAUGCUCGUCGUGAAAUCAAAUCGUCAUUAGAUGAACCAUACAUUCGACCUUCAUCUUCUAUAAUACAACCAUUACCAUCAUCAUCAUCAAUGUUAACAUGGAAUCAAUGUGUUCGUCGUCUUAAUACAGAAUAUAAAUUAACAAUAAUUGCCCUUCAACAAGCAAAAGAACGUUUAGAACAAAUUUAUUUAAAUCCAAAAAAAUCGAUUUCAAAAUAUGCUAAUUUAGUAGCACGUGAUAUUAAGAAUUUAUCAAAUAAUGAAAGAAAAAGACCAACUAAUGUUACAUUUUGUUUGCCAUCAUCAUCAUCAUCAUCAUCAAUAACUACAAAUUUUUCUUCAUCUUCAAUAUCAAUAAGACAAAUUGAAAAAAACAAAAAUUUCCCAUCUACUUUUCUUUCUAAACCAAAAUUCAUCAAACCUGUUGAAUUAAAUACAUUUUCCUCAUCAUCAUCAAAAUUAGAACCUGUAUUAGCUAUUGUUGAAAGUAAUGAAAAAUUAAAUACAAUUGAUACAAUUAUUAAAAAAUUUAAUGAUCUUAAUGGUUCUUUAUCAGCAACUAAAGUAGGAUCUUCAACUAUUAUUCCCAAUAAUCAUACAUUAUCAACAAAAAUCAAUGAUAGUACAACUAAUCUUGAUGUUUAUAUUAAAUCAUCAAUAAUUAAUAAUGAUUUAAAAGAAAUUUCAGAUCAAUCUUUAUUACCAUCAUCAUCAAAAUCAAUUCUAAUAAAUGAAAAACAUCAAUUAGAAAAUUCUCUACAUGAAGAAGAAACAACAUAUACAAUAAAAACAUUUUAUCAAAGUACAAAUACUAAUGAAAAUAAUUCAUCAUCAAAUCAUCAACAUGUUGUUAUCGUUGAAGAAAAUACAACUAAAGAAAAAUUUAAUUUAGCAUGUGAAAAACAACAUCAAGAAAUUGAAAUAAAUUGUACAUCUCCUCAAAAUAUAGUAACAAUUGAUGAACCAAAACUUCCAUCAUCAUCCAUUAAUUCAUCACUAAAUGAAAAUUUUCCUGCUAUUCAAACGUCCUCCAAUUAUUUAAUUAAUAACACAUCAUCAAGUAGUGACACUUCAUCUACUCUUUCCAAUAGUCAUAAUAAAACUCGUACAUCUUUCAUACCACUAAAGAAUAAUAAUAAUAAUAAACCAAUUUUACAAACAUCAAAACGUCCAACAACAACAACAAAAGCGAAUAUCUCUCAUUUAGGACAAUCUUCAAAAAUUACUGUAUCUUCUACUAGAUUAAAAUCACCAUCUUCAAAGUUUAUCAACAGUACAAAUACAUCAAUGAUAAGAAAACCAACAAAAAAUACGACUAAUAAAAUUCAAUCACAGUCAUCAUCUAUUACAAAACAGCAAUCAUCAAUAAAUAGUAGUCAAAUAAAUGAAUCUCAAAAUAAAACAAAUUCAACAUCUUCUAUUGAUAAAAAUCGUGUCAAAUCCAUAGUGAAUCAAAUCAAUGCAAAUACAUCAUCUCAUUCAAUUGUUUCAUCAUCAAAAACUAACAAACGAACUCAUUAUUCUGUUUCUAAUCAAUCAACAACAUCUACCAGUAAAAAUACACUACAACGAAAAUAA